AUGGUGCAGCCAACCGCCAACUCCUCGGGCGCUGCUGGAGACAUCUCCGUGAGGGAGUGGAUCUGCUGGGUGGGUACCUUCCACGCCGUCCACCGGCUUCAAUGCUUUCUUCGCCCGCCACUUGUGUCGCUCAAGCCUCCACCUUCUGUCGCCAGUCAUUCGAACCGCAGACUAACCUCUCGCGCGCACGCACAGGAAGGCGAAGCCCCGGUCGAGCCCACAUCGACCCUCGUCCUCACUGCACCUAGCAACACCUUUCUCGACACACGGCUGCUGCUCCCGACGCCCUUCACGCCGACCGCGGAGCGGCCUCUGCCCAACACGGGCGGGCCGCUCGACCGCCUCGAGUGGGCCUUCUCGGGCGUGUCAGAGACGCUGCCGCCCAUCGUCAUGUCGCAGACGCAGCACGUGGCCGCCCACUCGCACGCGCCGCCUCUGGCAUCCGUCGACUACCGUCGCCUGUGCGACUUCAGCAGCAGCGGCGGCGGCACGGUGACGGUGCCGCGGAAGCGCUGGAACCACGUCAUCGACAGCAAAUGCGUCGCACCUGGCCAGAAGCCGGCGCCCGACGAGGGCGAGAUGUACGCGGUCGCGGGCCGGCCCGAGGCGUGCUUGGAGAUUGGCAAGAUGGAGCGGGAGAAGGGGAGUGGUGUCGUGAGCCGGUACCAGGAGUUGUGGGUGUCGGCGGAGCCGAGGUUGGUCGGCUCGGAGACUCGUCGCCAGGGUGUCGUGCUCUCGCUCGACAUGCCCGAGCAGCAGGCCCGCGGCAUCAUUAUCCGCGUCGCGCAGUAUUGCCAGGCGCUGCUGAUAACCAAAGAUCAGAUCGACCUCGAGCGCUGGGAGUGCGUAGACGGGACCCGAGCCGAGUGGCAACGCGCGGCGAAGCUGGGGAGCAGGUUCUUACCGUGUUCCUGGACCUUCGAGGGCGGUCAGGCCAUUGAGGAGGGUGUAGCUGUUGGAAGCACACUGCAAGAUGGUGAAAUGAAGUGGCAAGUGCAGGAAAGGUUUGCGUGGGAUGGGAAAGCAUCGCUGGGCGGGUUUGGAGGGCCCAAGAGUGAGAGGAAGGAUCCACGCAACUGGGAAGCUCUUUUCCUCAUCCCCGUGCAAUUUGAGAAUGGAGGGCACCAAACCAUUCACGGCUAA